AUGGAUUCCUCGUGGGUUCAUGUCAUUGGGGUAUGUUUGAGUACAAUUGUUUCGAUCAUAGAAUCAGUUGGAAAUACACUUAUCAAGAAAAGUCACAUCAUUUAUUCAAAAUAUGAAAAACUUAUAGAACAGGAGGCUGGACAUGAUAGGGAGCAAUCGGUAGGAAGACAUGACACACAUGGCAGAGAAACUGAAAGGAGUAAAACAGGUGGGGGAAAAAGAAAAAUCAAAAAAAACAAAAAAAACGAAACCAAAAGAGAGAGAGAAAUUGGAAGCGAGAGAAAAAAUAAAAAACGUAAGAUAAAAAAAAGAUACUCUUUUUUAAACAUUUCGAUUCGGAGUCUACAAAUUAGUGAACACAUAUGUUACAGAAAGGGAAACGCAAAAAAAUGCAAUCACGGAGAGAAAAAAUGGAUUCAAGGGUUUCACAGAGGUAGGAUAUACAAGGGAGAUAUUAAUUGUUCAUGUACUGAUGAUAUGGAAAAUUCUUACGAGGAAUGUAGCAGUGGUGGAGAAAUGGGAGCACGAGGGGUCGAUGUGGAUAAUAACUUUAUGGAAAAACCAUUAACCUCAAAUUUCAGAAAUUCAGACAUUAGCAAUUUGGAAUCGACUUUCUGCUCUCUUCCAUGUAAUGAACAAGGACAAGUAAAAAAAAUAACUCAUGAUGAAGCUGCUUAUAUAAGACAAGCAAAUGUCACAGGGCAAGAAUUCAAAGAAAUAAAAAAAAAUAAAGAGAAAUAUCAUAUUAACAGCAUGAAAAAUAAUUAUGACACAUAUUCUGAAUGCAAAAAAGAAAUGUUGGAUAUUACCUCCCCAGUUAGUUCUUACUCGUGUGAGGGAAAAAAAUCAGCUAAAGGUUGCAAUUUGAUCGCAAGAGAAAUAAAUAAAAAAUCAAAACGAAAAGAGAAAUUUUUGUGCUCCUUGAAAAGGUCGCCUCGUCCUGUUGCCUUAAAGUUGGAAAAGAGAGCUAGCUAUUUUUACCUAUAUGGAAAAAGAAUAAGAAAAUGGAACCACGUGUAUAACCCAUCGAGCAAUAGAAAAAGUUGUAGGAAAAACAAAAACUUGUUGCAUGUUUUAAAUGGCAAGGACAGUUAUAAGGAGAAAGGUUCUGUGUGUCGAAUUUCUUCUUCUCAUGAUUUCAGAUCACAUUUACCUAUCCAUUUUACAGAGAAUAUUUCAAAUAAACUGUGUAAGCGUAAGGUGGAGGAAGUAUGUACACAGUCUCAUAAGAAUAAGAAGAAUAUGUUAUAUUUCCGUUAUGGGAAGAAAAAAAAAAAUAAGAACAUAAUGAAUAUUAUUCAUAAAAAAAAUCUUAAAAUGUUAAAAAGUGACAGCAUAAAUGGUGAUUUAUCAAAUGUUUAUAAAAUGUAUUAUUCCUCUUUUCCAUCGGAUAGGUUAACUGAUAGACUAUAUAGUUUCAGCACGGGUUCUAUGCACCAUGAGGAUAUGUAUAAUACAACAUCUUUUGGAAAAAAUAAAAAUAAAGGAUUAAAAAGGAUAUUUUUGGGAAAGGUAAAAUAUAGUGACGAGGAAGAAAUUACGCGAUGUUCUACUUUCAAAAUAGAACAAGGAAAUGAACAUGAUAAUUGUCCAACUCUCAUCACUUCAAAUUCUUGUUACAAUAGUGAAUAUCCCACCUUGGAUAUCAAAAAACAAAGUUACUUUUACUUUUAUCUUGGGAUAAUUCUUACAAGUUUUUUGGCACCUGCUUUGAACAUAUUCAGCAAUAUAUGUCUUCCAACAUCAAUGGUUGGUUUUGUCAGUAUCAGACUCAUAUGUUCCUUACUGUUGGAAAAGUUUGUUUUAAAAGAAAAUCAACCAUUUUAUUUAUAUGUAGGAAUUCCUUUUUCUACUGCGGGUCUAACAAUUGUCACCAUAUUUUCCUCCAGUAGCAAUAACUUUAAAGACUUAGAUUCCGUUUUCAAUUUGUUUUUAAAAACUGAAUCCAUUGUUUUACUGACCUGCGAGAUGUUAUUUUCGUAUUUGAUUGUGCUUCUUUCAUUGAGGCAUUUGAGGAAAAACGGUGCUGCCAUAGGCAGUAGUGAUAGAUCUGUUGGACUCUCUGACGACAAAUUGGGUAUAAGAGAACAGCACAUAGACAGAAAAAAGAAUCGAAAGCAGAGGAGCAAUGCUUCUUCUUUUUUUUUUUUUUUCUUCUUUUUCUUUUCCCCUGUGUUUUCAGGAACCAUGGGAUCGAUGGCAACAAUUUUUUCCAAAGCGACAUUUAUUGGACUCGUGUCUGUUCUCCUAAACGACAAAUUGACAUUGCGUGAUUUUUUUCUUAAUUACAAAGUAGUAGUGCUCAUUGUACUGACAAUUGUGUGUUCAAUUACAGAAAUUUUAUACACUCCCUAUUUGUUAAAACACUACAAGUUAACUCAUAUAGUGUCGUUAAAAAGUUUCGGAAACAUAUCUUUUAAUGCACUCAACGGGAUGAUCAUUUUCGACGAAAGACCUUCCUGUAUGUAUUUUUGGGCAUUCGGUUUCCUCCUUAUUCUCAUAGGGAUCAUAUUAUUAUCUUACAAAAAUGUUAUACCAAAAACUGUAAACUUUUUCAAGUAUCGAUGUCGAAAAAGAGUUGUGAUUCUUCAUACGUCUGAGUAG